AUGGCAGUUACUAGUGCACUGUUAAUGCUGUUGCCUGUAGCAUGGACCUGCACUCCCCAAAAAGCAGACUACGCUAUGGUGUCAUGUUUCCCCAACGCCAUCAUUGCCGACGUCCCGGAGUGUCCUUAUGGCUGGGAGAUUGAGCAGCUGUCCCUGAGCGGCGUCUGUUACACUGGGACACACACCCCAGGCUACUACCGCUUCAUCAUCGCAGACCUAACACCAAAAAACCACUCGUACUGUGGCACGCAGUCAGAGUACCUGCCUGGUAAAGACCCCAAGUACAUCUUCUAUAACUCCAUCGUGUCCAACGAUACUUCGCUGACAGUCAGAAACCAGCCGGUCAACUACACCUUCAGCUGCACCUACCGAGCAGCCUACCUGGUAAAUAACGCAGUCUUCAGCCAAAGAGUGGCUACAGUUUAUGUCAACAACGGGAGUUUAGGGACUUUUAGAUCACAGUUGUCUUUGAACGUGUUCACGAAUUCAAAGUUUCUUCACACCAGAGACACUCCCUACGUGAUCGACACUUCUGACAUUGGCUCUGAUGUUUUCAUCGCCAUCGAAGCAAAAGGACUAAGCACCAGAUUCAAAGUUGUGAUAACUAACUGCUGGGCCACCCCUACUCCUUACUCGACAGACAGGAAGAGGUGGAGUCUCAUCAUUAACAGCUGCUCCUCUGACCCCACUGUGACUAUUUUUGAGAAUGCCAAAGACAGCCGCUCCAUGUUCAAGUUCGGCUCCUUUCGCUUCCAGUGGCUGGAGAAGGUGUCUACGGUGUGGCUUCACUGUGAGGUUCACGUCUGUGACGGAGAGAGGCUCGUCUGCCAGCCCAGCCCCUGCUCUGCGAGACGUCUGCCAUCAGAGGUCGCAGCAGAUGGGGGGGUCCUCACCGCUGAGUUCCGCAUUAAAGGCACAUCGCUGUUCAUCCUGCUGGUGGCCCUGAUAAAAUCAUGGGAUUUAGCAAUUAGAUAA